UGGACAAGCGUCCUGUCAUCUGACGCACAUCCGUCAUCAAUCAAAGUAAUGGACCAUUUCAAAAUGUCAGCUGAUGAUGGUGCUGGAUAAAAACUUAGCAAAGUCAGUAGGAUUCAUCCUCUGAGGAACAUGAACGUGUCAAGCAACCAUCCACGGAGACACUCUGCUAGUGUGUCUAAAAAGGAAAUCAAAGAAGAGACAGUCAUGUUAAUAUGAACAUUAGAGAAACACAUCAUGGAGCUGAAAUAUGAUACUGCUUCAUCAUUUGGACUCCUUCACCUCAGCUGACACAUUCAACAGCACACAGGUUUUUGUAUCACUCUCUCUCACUGUGGGAGGCGGAGAGGACUACGACAUCUUUGGCUCAGGAACUAAACUGUUUGUAACAGAUGAGCAGGUAGUGAAGCCCGUGGUGAGCGUGUACCCAGCAGCAUCCAGAGCCCACCUGGAGGGGAAGAGCUCCCUGCUGUGUCUGGCCUCAGCCAUGUUUCCUCCUCUGGUCCGCUUCUCCUGGAAAAGACAAGAGGAGAAUGGACCUCUGCUCCCUGCUGAGGGAGAGCAGCUGGAGCUCAGAGAGUCGGGACGCACCGCCGCCAUCUUGCUGAUCCGUCAGCAAGAGAACAGCACAUAUAAAUACCGCUGCUCCGUCCAGCACCAGGGGGGCACAGUGGAGGCCCAAACACAACAAGAGGUUCCAGCUCCAGCAGCCUCCUGUCCUCCAGAGAGAGAGCCAGCAGACCUGCCAGCUCUGCAGCAAGCUGACUUGUCCUUCCAGUCUCAGUGCAGGGUGAAGCUGCUCUGUGUGCUGUACACAGUGCUGAUAGUGAAGAGUCUGGUGUACUGCUGUGGACUCUCUCUGCUGAUGAUCCUCAGAAACAAGGGACCGUCCACCAACUGCACACAUGCUGACUGACUGUUUUCUGCUCGCCUUUUCUCACCAUCAAAUCUCAUCAAUUCAUCUCAUUUAUCACUUUGAUCAGUCUUCACAAAUAUCACUUAUGACGUCUUGUGCUUGGUUGUAAAUUUCACAUCCACAUGUCUUAAAUCCAUAAAUACAAAUAUACACACAUAUAUUUGUACAUGAAGCCUAAUGGUUAUUAAGUGU